AUGAGGCCACCUAGUUCCACGCAGACAAGUUGUAAAUUUAAAGAUGUUAGAAGAAAUAUCCAAAAAGAUACAGGACUUCCUAGGUGGCACAGUGAAGAACUAAAGAGCUAUGGUAUACAAGACAUAUUUGUUUUCUGCACCAGAGGGGAACUGUCAAAAUAUAGAGUUCCAAACCUUUUGGACCUCUACCAUCAGUAUGGAAUUAUCACUCAUCAUCAUCCAAUUCCAGAUGGAGGGACUCCUGACAUAGCCAGCUGCUGUGAGAUAAUGCAGGAGCUUGAAAUCUGCCUUAAAAAUAACCGAAAAACCUUAAUACAGUUCACAAUAGGAGGUGGACAAGGUGGUUCCCAGAAAGAAAAAGAAGAGGAAAUUGCAGCAGUGAUAAGCCCUCCUCACAGAUAA